CAGUGUCGCUUCCUUCUCCACCGGGCCCCAGCUCUCGGUCAGCUCAACCGUAACCAUCGCAUCCAAGACCACGACGACCGUCUCCGAGACACUGUCCAAAGCGGUGUCCGUCACCGCAACCACACUAAGACAGAUGUUGACGCGGCCACUGUGAAGAAUAUUGGUACCAGCACUGCUGCCAAAAACAAGAAUAACACGUUGGAAAAAAAACCGAUAACAACAACAGAUCCUGUGUUAUUUGAUGGAGAUGAAACUGUUGUACUAAGUCUCCCGGUGCCGUGUAACUGUAAACUCCGUGCUUUGUUGCAUUCAGUCUACAAACAUAUGUACUGCGUAUGCAGAAAUGAAACCGGUGCACAGCUACCUGAUGUCAUUGCAGCGUCUUCCAGCAACCAGCAGCAGCAACAGUAUCGCAAUAACAAUAACAUUGUCAUCAAGGGUGACAAAGGCGAGGCUACACCUAUUGCUACCACCACUACCACCGCCACCAACAACAAUGAUUUUGAUGGCUGUAAGAACAUGACAUCUGCAAACAACGGCAGCAACAUUACCAGAAACAUCACAGCAUCCACCACCACUUCUAAUGGCAACAAUGUUACUUACACAGCCUCUACCGACAACAACAAAAACUGCGACGAAGAUGGUGCCAAGGACCAAUCUCAGACGGAAUACGAAAUCAGCUCAACGUUGUCACUGAUGCCGCUAUGCAGCAACAUCAGCAGCAGCAAUAACAACGUGACUAAGUGUAGAGUCACGUGAUGUUGACCCGAGCUCCUCAACACCAGCCUGACCAAUGUGACAUCAGAGGUUCUCAAUAUACCCACAGCCAAUAAUUGCAGCAACUCCACUCAUUUCUGAACCUCACAGAAUUUGGGCUACAGUAACAUACGUCGCUGUCGACUGACGCUUUCCACCUGACAGUGACCCAAUGGAACAGACAUGACUGGAUUGCCUGAGCUGUCCAGUUGACAGACACCUAAUGGUGUGGCAUGACAGUGACUUAAGGGUGUGGACGAAGCAGGAAAGGUCAAUUCAACAAGCUGACAGUGGUCUAGUGUUACCAUGUGACAAUGAUCCAAGGGAGCUGGUCAGAAUGGAGAGGUCAAGAUGACCAGUUGACAAUGACCUAGUAUGGCAGUGUGACAAUGAUCCAAGGGAGCUGGUCAGAAUGGAGAGGUGAAGGUGACCAGUUGACAAUGACCUAGUAUGGCAGUGUGACAAUGAUCCAAGGAAGUUGGUCAGAAUGGAGAGGUGAAGGUGACCAGUUGACAAUGACCUAGUAUGGCAGUGUGACAAUGACCCAAGGGAGUUGGUCAGAAUGGGGAGGUCAAGAUGACCAGUUGACAAUGACACAGACUGUCCGCGGGAUGGCAGUGAGGUAAAGAAGUUGGUCAGGCUGCAAAGGUCCAUGUGGCCACUAUGUCCGACUGACCAUGACUAUGACAACUCCAGACCAAUUCCACCAGUCACAAUCAGCAGCGAGAUUCAGACAACAAGAAAGACCUGACCAGCUGACCACCCUUCUGUUCAGUCACGCCUUCUUCCUGACCACCCAUUGGGUCCACCAUCUGACAAUGACCAGCGCUAGAGGAAUCAACAGUCGGAACAACUCCAGCUCACUUCUGACCAAUAUCCUGGCAAUGAUGAAGGUUGCUAUGCCAAAAACCAGCUCCUGCUGACCGGAAGAGAAAUGAACAUAAGGCGCUGGCUCGCAAGAUUCAGAAAUUCUUUGAAUAUGUCUUCAGUAACAUCCCGAAUAUGAGCGAAGAUUAGACGCUUCCUGAAAAGGUUGCACAAGGUUGCACUGAUUGAUGCUACUGUUGUUGGUGUUGUUGUUGUUGUUGUUCACAAAUCACCCAUGAUUCCGUAGAUGUACAGAAUACUGUAUAUGAUAACGAAUGCAUAAUAUAUAGUAGACCUAGUUGAUUAAAUAUAUAUAUGUAUAUAGAAGUUCAAAUAAAGGUUACAAACCUCUUUAAGGGAUGACAAAAUCCAAUGAAAAUACUAGUGAG